AUGGCGCGGGGAGUGGAGGGAGGGGCGGGGGAAACGCUUCCCGCAGGAAAGGAGGGCGGCGCAGGAGACACGCUUCCCGCGGGGAGCGAGGAUGGGCCCGCGGCGGCGGCGGUGGCGGCGGUGGCGGCGGCGCAAAGGCUGGCGCUGAGGGUGGAGGGAGAGGCUGGGGGGACGCUACCCGCGAUCAGCGAGGAUGGGGCAGGGAGGAACGCGAUGGCUACUAUCGCCCGGCCCGCGAUGAUGGCCACGGCGUCGGUACGGCACGCGGUGCCGGCGGUGCCGGCGGUGCCGGCGGCACAAGGGCGGGCGCGAAGGGUGGAGGGGGAGGCGGGGGAAACGCUACCCGCGAUUGGCCAGGACGGGACCGGGGCGAAACCUUUAGGCACUACGGCCCACAACCCGGUGAUGCCGUCGGUGCGUCACGCCGUGGCGGUGGCAGCGGCGGCGGCGGCGGCGGCGGCGGCGGGGGUGGUGGUGGUGGUGGCGGAGGCCACAUAUCCCCGUUGCGAGGUGGCAGGGCACGAGUUCCCACCCACGCUGUUCCGAGCAAACGCGGUGGCGGCACACGGCGACAGGGGUCACUUCCAGUCGGCGCAAGGUGGAAGUCACGGCCUUGGGGGAGGGACGGCAAACAGGGGAGGGCCGGACAUGGGGGUGGAUGCGGCGGGGCCCAUGGCGCGGGCGGGGCGGACGGGUUACCCAGCAAGGGGCUUCGGGGUGGAGGGUGCGGCGGUGACACCCAACACCACGGGAACCCCUGGGGUGGGGCCGCGUGCGUUGGCGGGGAUUGUGGGCAACGGCCGAUGGUCCGACACCCGUUUGGUGGGUGUUUACUUGGCGGUGGUUGCGCUUUGGGGCUAUGCAUGCAUCGUGCGCGGCGUGUCCGAGCUGCUCUUGUGCCUGACGCCGUGCUUUCGUGGAGUCCCGGGCCGCUCGGGAGAAGCGGCAGCCGCGGCGGCGGUGGCGGCGGCGCUCGAGGGGGCGGUGGCUAGCGUGGUGGAGGCAGCAGACGCAGCAGCGCGGGCGCAGGCGGCCCGGGAGGCGGUGAUGAGGGGCCGGGUGGGGAGGGAGUUCGCGCGCGGAGAACGCACCCGAAUCACGUCGAUGGUUGUCCUGGUGCAGGCCUUAUACCGGGGGAGGGCUGCCCGCCGAGAGGCGGAUGUGCUGCGGGCGGCGAUUCUGACGAGGGCGAGGGCGAAGCGGCAGCAGCAGCGCAGGAGCAGGCGGCGCGGGAGGUAA